ACAAAACCCCCGCGCAGCGCCGCGCGCUCAGCCGGCACUCGCUCGUGGAGAGGAGGAGGAGGAGGAGGAGGAGGGAGGCGGCCAGAGGGAAACUGCAUUGGGGAUUAAUAAGAGGCAGGAGGAGGGAGAGGUGCACGCAGGCAAACAUCUGGACCAUGAAGUUGGCCUUUAGCUUGCUUCUCCCACUUGUUCUUGUGCUGAUCUCGGAGGUGAGCGGGCAGCGGAGGAAGCCUCCACGGAAGCCCACCCGCCCACCUCCUGAGCCCAUCGAGCCUGUUGAACCUGUGGAGCCCACUGAGCUUCCCCCACCUCUGCCACCUGGCCCACCCUCCAUCUUCCCCGACUGCCCCCGAGAAUGCUACUGUCCCCCGGACUUCCCCUCUGCUCUCUACUGUGACAGCCGCAACCUACGGAAGGUUCCCAUCAUCCCAUCCCGCAUCCACUACCUCUACCUCCAGAACAACUUCAUUGAUGACCUCCCGGAGGAGUCCUUCAGGAAUGCCACGGGGCUGAAAUGGGUCAACCUUGACAACAAUCGCAUCCGGAAAGUGGACAGGAGGGUCCUGGAGAAGCUGGAAAACCUCAUCUUCCUCUACAUGGAGAAGAACCAGCUGAAGGAGGUGCCUGCUUUCCUGCCACCCAACCUGGAGCAGCUGCGCCUGAGCAGGAAUCAGAUUUCCAAGAUCCCUGCCGGGGUCUUCAAUAAGCUGGAGAACCUGGUCCUCUUGGAUCUGCACCACAACAAGCUCAGUGAUGGAGUCUUCAACAAAAACACCUUCAAAGGACUCAAGAACCUCAUGCAACUCAACCUUGCCCACAACAUUCUGAGGAAAAUGCCACCUGGGGUGCCCAGUGCCAUCCACCAACUCUUCCUGGACAGGAACAACAUUGAGGACAUCCCCAGUGACUACUUCAAGGAGUUUCCCAACCUGGCAUUCAUUCGGCUCAACUACAACCAGAUCUCUGACAAGGGGCUCCCCAAGAACUCCUUCAACCUCACCAACCUGCUGGUGUUGCACCUAGCCCACAACAAGCUCACCAAUGUCCCUUUCAUCAGCUCCAAGCUGGAGCACCUCUACCUAAACAACAACUCCAUUGAAAAAAUCAAUGGGACACAGAUCUGCCCCACCUCACUGAUGUCCAUCCAGGAUUUCUCCCCCUCUGACUUGGACAGUGUGCCCCGGCUCCGGUACCUGCGGCUGGACGGGAACCUCCUGAAGCCCCCCAUUCCCUUGGACCUGAUGAUGUGCUUCCGUCUCCUGCAGUCCGUGGUUUUCUAGCCCUGCGUGCAUCUCAUAGGACUUGGCUUUGCACGAAGACUCAAACUACAUCAGUAUUUGACACUUGGGACCCUCUUCCCUCUUCCCUUGCUCACCCCCUAACCUCUCUGUUCCCCUCAUGUCACCCUCUUACCCCCCCUUUCCUCCCCUGAAGUGGCUUCUGUGUCCCCGGGUAUGUCUGCAGCAUUGCAGCAUCUAUCCCAUGUCCCAGCAUUAGCCUGCCCAUGCCCCCCCAGCCCCCGCUUGACCGCUGGCCAGCACUGGAGCUGGCUCCAUCUCUCCCCUGGACCUGGAAGAGUUUUGAGAGGGUGGGCUCGGCCCUAUCCAAAGCAUCUCCUGAUGGAGCUGAUAGGGGGGUGUUUGGGGAAGGGAUGGCACAGGAGCUAGUGGUGCUGCUGGACAGCAAUCACACAGCCCUGUGACGGAGCUAUUUCAGCUCAGAGCAGCCGUAAUCUGCACAAACACCAAACCUAAACAACCACCAAAGCCAGCAGCCCGAGGCUGGCCUGUCAGGGGACAUGUGCAUCCCUGCGCUCGGGGCAGCAGCAAGCAGAGCUGAGUCCCUGCUUUGGGAAGCUCAGCCCUCCGUUCCCGCACCGCCUCCCAUCAGUCCAAGCGGGUCCCGCAUCCAACCAGCCGCGGCGCAGCGCUGCUCCGGGUCCCAGCCCGACCCCAGGACUUUGCCCCGAGGUCCCGCGGCCGCCGCCCGGUUCGGUGCGGGGGGAGCGGGCUGGAACCGCCGGGCAGAGCCGGCAACGACACCUCGUGGCCGCAGCCACGGCCCGGGGCCGGGACGCCAUCCUCCCGCUGCUCCGUAGCCUUGCUCCCGGGGCAGCGUGUCUGAGGGCAGUCGGGCAGGAGAUGGUGGCGGGGGGUGGCCCUUCCCCUGCUGCUGCCGACGGGGUUGCAAUACACUCCGUGUGCUCUGCACCCCUACCCCGAGUUCAACCCCCACCUCCCGCAUCCCGCCGCCCCCGAGCUGAGGCACAGACGUGGAGAACGUUUGGGUUCUGCUGCCUGGGUGACCGCGCCAACCCCCGCCCUGCUCUCCCGUACCCCCUGUGCCCACCUCCUGCACGUUCCGUUCUGUCGCAUUCUUGGACCGAACACACGUUUGGUUUUGCCUUUUUUCUUUCUUUUCUUCUUUUUUUUUUUUUUUUUUUUUUUUAAGGAGAGGCAAAGGGAAAGAUUACGAAUUACUCGUUACUCUUUCAGAAAAGCUGUUUUUUAUCCCCUCUUCUCCCCAUUCCCACAUGUAUCACACCCCUCUUGGAUAGCUGUGCCUGCAUAUAUAGGGUGUCUGGGUUCAGAGGGGAUUAUUCUCUUUUUUCUUUCCUUUUCUUUUUUUCUUUUUUUUUCCUUUUCCUUCCUAAUUCUCAAGAUUUAGGUUUGAGGAGGAAAAAAAAUCCAAUCAAAACAAAUGUAAUGGAAUAAACCAAAGAAACAAGACUUGGUAUUCAGCCCCCAGAGUGACCCUUCUCUGGGGUGGGCAUGGACAGGCACUGUGUCCCACUCCCCAGGAAGGAGUGGGGAUGCUCCCUGCAGAUGACCUGCGUGCACCAGAGAUAGGAAGGACCAGCAAACUACCAGGAUAUUCGGGAUUACUUUAAUAACACGAGUCUCUCCAAAUCUUCCUCCAAUGGGCUUUGUUGGGUUUGACAGGUUUCAACCUUAAACCCGAAGACCCUAUUGUGUAUAUUUAUAUAUAAUGUGUAUAUAUACUGGUAGACUGUACAGAUAUAUCUAGAGACAUAUGUAGUUCUCAACUGAUUUCAACUUAAUGGUAUUUUCACUCCUACUCUCCGCAGCAGUGAAAAUAAAGUGAUUCACAAGGGA